CGAGUUCGCGAUGCGGAGAGGCACCAAGAAGAGGAGCGCAGUGACACCUUCAAAGAGUGGCUUCGGAGGCUGAGGGUUGUGCUUUACCAAGCUGAUGAUAUGUUUGAUGAUGUUCUCACUGUCGACCGCCAGAAACAGCGGAUAGAUGUCAACAAGCAGGUUUGUGUUUCUUUCUCGAGGUCUGGCAAAAAUCUUCGUUUUGAUUGGAAAAUAUCUCGACAAAUCAAGUCUAUUAGACAGCAGCUUGAUAAAAUCAAUUCAGAUAUUGGCAUUGCUAACUUAAAAUUGAACGUUUAUCAUGGCGAUGAACCACAACCACUAAGGGCUCGCUAUGUAAGGAAUAGGGAAAGAGGAUCUCAUGUGAGAGAAGAUGAUGUUAUUGGUAGAGAAAAUGACAAAAAGAUUAUUACUGAAAUGCUUUUUGAUGAUGAUGGGAAAAGGGUUUCUGUAAUCUCAAUCGUGGGGUUUGGGGGUCUUGGUAAAACUACUCUUGCUCAACUCGUUUAUAAUGAUGAGAAUGUUCGGAAACAUUUUGAUCUUGCUGCUUGGGCAUGUGUACCUGAGGUUAAUAAUCAGAACCAAGUUCUGAGAACAGUUUGCCAGUCCUUGGGUUUUAAGGAUACCAGAGAACUCUCAGUAGAUCAAAUUGAAUCGAGCAACCAAGCAUCGUUAAAAGAUAAGAAAUUUCUUCUUGUCUUAGACGACAUAUGGGAUGAUGAACGGAAUAAUUGGUUGGAUCUGCUAAGGUUGCUCGAGUGUGGUGCAGAUGGCAGUAAAGUUAUUGCAACAACACGCUCUGCUAAAGUUGCAAAUGCAGUUGGUUCAACAGAAACUUACAAUCUAGGACUUCUAACUGAUAAAGAGUCCUGGAGUCUUUUCAAAAAAUAUGCAUUUAAAUUGGGGCAAGAAGAGAGCAAUCAUACUCUCACUCAGUUGGGGAAGGAAAUUGUUGACAGCUGCGGAAAGGUUCCCCUUGCAAUUAGGGUUGUUGGAAGCCUUUGUUACUCUGAAACUAGGGAAGAAGGCUGGCGACGAAUUAGAAAUGCUCGACUCUCAAAGGCAAAGGGAAAGGAAGACGAUAACAUCAUGCAAGUGUUGAAGUUGAGUUAUGACUACUUGCCACCGGCAUUAAAGCAAUGUUUUGCAUACUGUUCGUUGUUCCCAAAGGACUACAUUUAUGAAAAGGAUAUUUUGAUCCAUCAAGCACAGACGACAUUGGAGAUCAAUACUUUAUGGAAUUGUUAGGGAAGAAUUUAUUUCAAGAUCCGGAAGAAGAUGAUGAAGGGAACGUCAAAUACUGCAAAAUGCACGAUUUAGUGCAUGACUUGGCUGAAGGUAUAGCUGGUGAAGAGAUUAAACAACUGGUUGAGCCUUUAUACCAGGUCUCUUCUACUGAUGAAUUGAUGCACGUGAGUGUUAACAUGAUAAGGCCAGAAUACUGUCGAUUGGAAUUCAAAGCUCCAGCAACAUUGCUUUCUGCUACGAAGAUACGGUCAUUACUAAUCAAAUCCAAUCAUUUUUUUAAUUAUUUAGAAGUAUCAUCUCUUGAAAUGAUGGUUUUGAAAUUUCAGUCUUUGCGUGCCUUAGAUUUAGAAAACAUGAAUAUCUAUGUGGUGCCAAAUUCUAUAAGGAAGUUGAGACAUCUAAGAUACCUUAAUCUUGCGUGGAAUCGCCGUAUUAAAUGUCUUCCUGAUGGCAUAACAAGAUUACAAAACCUGCAAACGUUGAACCUUAAAGCAUGCUUUCGUCUGAAAAAGUUGCCAAGAGAUUUUUGUGAAUUAGACAACCUGAGGCACUUGGCAAUUUAUAAGACAAGUUUGACCGAAUUUCCAUCAGGACUUGGGAAAAUGACAUCUUUGAUAGAUUUAGAUUAUAUUAUAGUUGGGAAAAACUAUGGUACAUAUUCAUUGCCUCCAUGCCCUCCAAUGGUUAUAUGUAUCAGAGUUGAUAGCUACAAAGGAGUUGAGAUGCCGCGUAGAUGGUUGGAUGGGCUUUCUAAUCUUUUUUCCAUUUGUAUUAUGAAAUGCGAUGAGUGCAAAGUUCUCCCUCAGUUGAGUCAUCUCGAAGAUCUUACUCUAGAAGAAAUUGAUGGCUUGGAGUAUGUAGAAGAUGAAGACUGGGUCUGUGGUGGAGAUGCAGAUGGAGGUGGAAAGUGUGGUUCCGGAGCCCACAAUGUCUACUUCCCAUCCUUAAAAGAGUUGGAGUUGGAAUUAAAAAAAAUUGAGGUCUCUAAAGGGGUGGACAAGACCAUCAAACGGUGAUGGUGGUGAGCCAAUGCACUUCUUGUUUCCUCGUCUUCGAAAUAUGACUAUAUAUGAUUGCCCCAAGUUGAUGUCAAUGUCUCUAGCACCAAAGCUAGAGAAUUUAUAUACUGAAGGGAUCAAUUGGAAGUUAUUUGAAUCCAAUCUGACGUCAAUUGAUGAUGAGGAUGCAUCAUCAACUCUUUUAACCUCAUUAGAGACGAUGGACCAUCUUCUCUGUCAAUCAGUAGCAGGUUAUCUAAUCUACAGAGUUUAAGCUUAGUCCGCUGCAAAAAUACUGGCAAGUUUGACGAUAGAAUCUUCAGACUCCAUUCGAUACCUUAAUAUUGGAGACUGCCAAAGCUUGAAAAAAGUAUCACUGGGAAAUCUCUCCUUGCUACGUUACCUCAACAUUUGGGGUUGUGAAGAAAUGACGUCACUUCCACAAUCAUUGCUAGGCCUUACCUCUUUACAGACACUGGACAUACGUGGCUGUCCAAAUCUGAAAGAAAGAUAUGAGAAGCCGAAUGGCCAAGAUUGCCACCUUAUCCAACAUAUCCCCAAUGUUAACUUUGAUGGCAUAAACGUAACAUGCAGUCCAAACUGGAGCAUCUUCAACUUAGAGAGGCUAAUUUACAGGGCCAAUUAGCAGAUGCAAGAGCAAUUCAUUUUGAAGUGGGAAAGAGAGUUGUGAAGAUAGAAAAGGAGUUGGUUGAAGUGUCUAUUGAAAUUGAAGCAAUGCAAAGCUGUAAUGAAGGGAAAAAAAACUAAGAAGAAUAAUGAAGAUGUUCCUGAUGAUAGUGUAGCCAUGAUCUCUGAUGCUGCUAAGGAUCAGGUGGCACUUAAGCAUAGUGAGGAUGUUCAGAAGAUUGAAAGUGAAGAGGGCAAAGACAAUGUGAUCUCAGAUAAGACCUAUUGGUUUUGGUGAUAGGUUAAGGUGCUUUAAAUGGUUAGGCUGCUUGCUAACAGUAGGUAAAUGGCUGCAUUUAUUGUAAUGUUAAAUCUCUCAAACUUAUGUAAUGCAAAUCUAUUUUUAUGCAAUUGGCCUUUAAUCUGAUUUCAAAUGGGAAAAAAAAGGCUUUAAAGAA